UUCUUGAAUUUUUUUUUUCCCAAAUAUAUAGGACUUCUUCCCAAUGGAAAUUUUGAAGAAGGACCAAAACCAUCAAACCUCGACAAGAUGGUAAUUGUUGGCAAAUACUCCCUACCUAAAUGGGUGAAGAAGGGCUUAGUGCAAUAUAUAUCAGGUGGACCACAGCCAGGUGGCUUCUACUUUUCUGUUCCACGUGGCGUUCAUGCGAUAAGGUUAGGAAAUCAAGCCUCGAUAUCCCAAUUUUUAAGAGUCAAAAAAGGAUCAUUAUACUCUCUCACAUUUAGUGCAACAAAGACUUGUACUGAAGAAGAGGUUUUAAGGGUAUUGGCUUCAAAAGAAACCACGGAUCUACCCAUUCAAGCAAUGUACAGUAGUGAUGGAGGGGAUACUUAUGCUUGGGCAUUUCAAGCAACUUCUAAUAUUGUUAAUGUCACUUUCUACAAUCCUCAUGUUCAAGAAGAUCCUACUUGUGGACCACUCUUGGAUGCUAUUGCUAUCAAAGAGAUAUUGCCUCUCCCCAAACCAAUAGGAAAUAUCGUUAAAAACGGGGACUUUGAAAUUGGUCCUCAUGUAUUCAAUAACUUCUCAACCGGUGUACUUAUAUCUCCACAUUCGAUGGACGUUGUUUCACCACUCCCUGCCUGGAUUGUUGAAUCUCUUAAGCCUGUGAAAUACGUCGAUUCAGCGCACUUCUUUGUACCUUCAGGGUCUGCUGCUAUUGAGUUGACCGGAGGAAGAGAAAGCGCGAUAUCUCAAAUCAUAAGAACAAUUCCUAACAAGCAUUACCUCCUAACGUUCACCAUGGGAGACGCGGAGAAUGGUUGCACCGGACCAAUGAUGGUGGAAGCAUUUGCGGCAAUGGAAAAUGUGGUUGCUCACCACGAGUCUCAUGGAAAGGGUAGUUUUACACAUGCAAGUCUCAAGUUUCAAGCUAUGUCAGUUAGAACUAGGUUAACAUUUUGGAGCUCAAUGUAUCACACUAAAGUUCAUGAUUUUGGAUCCAUGUGUGGUCCUGUCUUAGAUGAUGUUAAGGUGGUACCUCUUUAUUGAUUCUUGCUAUAGCAAAACAAUUAAAAUGAUUUUCGGUGCAUGAAUUUUAUACAAUUUAUUCAUAAUAUCAUGAAAUAUAUGUGUAAUAAUUUAGAGUUACUUACCUUU